AUGUUGAGAAGAGCCUACUCCACUGCUGCUGCCUCGUCUAGUCUGUUAAAGACCCCCUUGUACGAUCUCCAUGUCAAAUUAGGUGCAGAUAUCGUUGAUUUUGCAGGUUAUGCCAUGCCUGUUUUAUACAAGGGUCAAACUCAUAUCGAAUCACAUAACUGGGUCAGAUCCCAUGCUGGGUUAUUCGAUGUCAGUCAUAUGCUACAACAAAACCUAAGUGGUGAUGAUGUUAUCCCAUUCUUGGAUAAGAUAACCCCUUCAGAUUUCAAAAGUUUGAAGCCAUGGACUAAUCAAUUGAGUGUUUUAUUGAAUAAUGAAGGUGGGAUUGUUGAUGAUACCAUUAUUACAAAACAUGACGAUGAUAAACAUUUCUAUAUUGUUACUAAUGCCGGUACUAGAGAAGGUGAUUUGGCUUUUUUCAAAGAAGAAGCAAAGGCAUUUGAUGUUAAAUUUGAUAUAAUCGAUAAUACUUUAGUUGCUUUACAAGGUCCAGCAGCUGCUAAAGUUUUACAACAUUUCACAAAUGAAGAUUUGAGCAAGAUCUAUUUUGGUAAUUCCAAAUUUAUAAAGAUUCCAGGUUUCAACAAUGAAGAGAUCCAUUUAGCAAGAGGUGGUUAUACAGGUGAAGAUGGGUUUGAAUUAUCAAUUCCAAACAAGAUUUCUGUUGACUUCACACAAGAAUUAUUGGGUAAUGAAGAAGUUAAACCAAUUGGAUUAGCUGCUAGAGAUUCUUUAAGAUUAGAAGCUGGUAUGUGUUUAUAUGGACAUGAUUUGAAUGAUAAAAUCACUCCUGUUGAAGGUUCACUUUCAUGGGUCAUUGCUAAGAACAGAAGAGAUCCAAAUGUUUCUAAAUUCAAUGGUUCUUCCAAAAUAUUGGCCCAAUUGGCUGAUCGUUCAUUAGUUAAACAACAAAGAAUUGGAUUCACAUCUAAAGGACCAGCUGCUAGAGAAGGAGCUGAAAUCUUCAGUGCCGAAGAACCUGAAAAGAAGAUCGGUAUUGUCACUUCUGGUAGUCCAAGUCCUUCAUUACCAGGUAGAGUCAAUAUUGGACAAGCUUAUAUCGAUAGAGGUUAUCAUAAAUCAGGUACACCAAUAUUGAUCCAAAUCAGAAACAAGAAAAAAGAGGCCACAGUGUCCAAACAGCCAUUUGUUGCUCCAAAGUAUUACAGAGCAUAA